AUGCACCAUUGUUUUGCGUGUUGCUGUGACAGAAAAAAAAACGCUACAACUGAUAACAUCAAGAUGCUAUUGACUUUAAGACUCACCCUGAUUUCAGCAAUGUUAAAAUGUGAAAAAGAAGUAAAUUUAGGCAUCGAUGAAAUACAGUCCAUAGAGAGCAGGAGACUACACUUUGCAAAGAAACUAAUGAGCCUGCUGAACAUAUCCAGUGAGCCUGUCUUCUCAGUGAGUAACACUGGCUUAGUGAUCAUUGUCUCGGUUCCUGCCUGGAUUAUCUCAUUUAUUUCUCUAACAACUUGA